GCGGAAGGAAAAGAGAUUUCCAGAAGAGUUGUGGAGCUCAGGAACGUCGGUCGUACUUUCUGGUAUUGGCCUGGCCUGGAUUAGUUUCUUCUCGAAGCUCCUGCUUAAAGACAGAAAGGAAUAGCUUGAUCUGCACCUUGCAUCGUGCCCUUCGAGUUUGAAGCGUCUGAGCUCGUAUUUGCACGGAAAACAGUGAGACCAUCAGCAUGACGACCAUUGACUACAGCGUGUGGGACCACAUCGAGGUGUCAGACGAUGAGGACGACACACACCCUAACAUCGAUACUCCAAGUCUUUUCAGAUGGAGACACCAGGCGCGAGUAGAGCGCAUGGAGACCUUUCAGAAGAAAGGAGAGGAGCUGGAGAAGGCCCUCACAGAGAGCAAGAAGAAACUCUCUGAGGCUCAGAAAAAGGUGAAGGGGCUAGAGGGGGCGUCGACAGACGAGGCGAAGGCGGAGCUGGCCAAGGCGCAGGCGGAGGAGAAGGCGGCGCGCAAGGAGGAGCGGGCGGCUGAGAAGAAGGUGGAUGAGUACCGCCGAGACGAGAAGAAGCAGCCCUGGAACGUGGACACACUCAGCAAGGACGGCUUCAGCAAGAGCGUGGUGAACGCCAAGCCAGACACGCAGGAUGAGACGGAGGAGGAGAAGGAAGAGAAACACAAGUCCUUCGUGGAGAAGUACGAGAAACAGAUCAAACACUUUGGUAUGCUGCGGCGCUGGGACGACAGCCAGAAGUACCUGUCAGACAACCCUCACCUGGUGUGCGAGGAGACGGCCAACUACCUGGUCAUCAUGUGCAUAGACCUGGAAGUGGAGGAGAAACACGCCCUGAUGGAGCAGGUGGCCCACCAGACCAUCGUCAUGCAGUUCAUCCUGGAGCUGGCCAAGAGCCUCAAGGUGGACCCUCGCGGCUGCUUCCGCCAGUUCUUCACCAAGAUCAAGACGGCCGACCAGCAGUAUCAGGACGCGUUCAACGACGAGCUGUCGUCGUUUAAGGAGCGCGUGCGCGGCCGGGCCAAGAUCCGCAUCGAGAAGGCCAUGAAGGAGUACGAGGAGGAGGAGAGGCAGAAACGCAUGGGGCCCGGCGGACUGGACCCGGUGGAGGUCUACGAGACACUGCCAGAGGAGAUGCAAAAGUGCUUUGACGAUAAGGAUAUCGCAAUGUUACAGGAUGCCAUCAGCAAAAUGGACCCCACGGAGGCCAAAUACCACAUGCGCCGUUGUAUCGACUCGGGUCUGUGGGUGCCCAACUCGCGAACGGAGGGAGAGGAGGAGGACAAGGAGGAGAAGGAGGAGGUGUAUGAGGAGGUGAAGACGGAAACAGCAGCGGCCGCUGAGGAGAAAAAAUAAUAACUUUGACUAUCACCCCCAACUCCUCCCUCCGAAACACCCCCCCCCCCCCACCCCCCACCCUCAUACCCAGUCCAAACAUGCCCCCAUUCUAAGCCUAUAUUAUACUUCCUAUUCGCAUUUUUGGUCAUAUUCUCACAAAUGUGUCCCUUUAUUAAUCCUUCCCAUUGUCCACCGACCACCAAAAACUACAUACCCCACUGUCCUUUCCCUGCCAUACUCUGCCAUUGUCCUGCAUUGAAAUUAUGGGUAUAUGGUUGUCAACCCCCACCCGCUCCUGUCCAGUCUUAAUUGGUGCAUUACCGCCUUCCCCCACUAGAGGCUCCUCUCGACCAUCCUCUUGUCCCCAACCACCACUAUCGUCCCAAUCACCACCGUCAGUGAAGCACUUGCAAUAAAAACGGACUUUUAUGUGUGAUUAGUGUGACUACAAAUUGGUUGCCAUCGUCUAAGGCAAGUGAAGAGAUGUCGGUUCUUCUUUAGGAGCCUUAGAUCCUAAUUCACCGGUUCUAGAUUCCAGGUUCUUCAAUAUUGCUAAGCUUUACAGCCAACAGGACUGCCUUGGUCCUCCUUCAGCAUUCAAUCACAACUGUGUGUUAGUACGAGCAGGGCUCCACUUGAUGUCAGGGGUGGGUUGGGGAGGGGGGUUGUAUCGGGGAGUAUUCCCAUAUCUGCUUUAGUGACAACAAACCAAUGGAUGUUCAAUCAAAUUAAAAAAUGUCUUUUUAAAGUGCUAUUUACUCUUCCAACAAAAUCAGCUGAAAGGUUUUUAUUUUCUUCCUGAAGAGAACCACCCUCUAUCGUAGACUGAACUGUCCAACAAACCAUUGAUUUUUUUUGUUUGUGUGGCUAAAUCACAUGCUAUUACCAAUAGUUGAAUCAGGAUACAAAAGUUAUAGACUCUGUGUGUUUGUCUGCUCUGAUCUGCUUUGGCUGUGUAGUCAGUGCCACUGAUGUUGAAUGUACAAAGGGAAGCCGCAUGGUUUACUAGUCUGUUUUUAGAUUCAAACAUUUCUCUUUUCAUUAAAUAUUUUCAAAAUGUUA